AUGGCUGUGACCACUCGAUCCCUGAAGCGGGCGGGGCGCGAGAAUACGCCGCCAGCCAACACCACCAAGCGUGUCUGCAAGACUAACUCUACCAAGCCCAGCAAGACGCACCCCCAGACCAACAGCCAACAGGGCAGCGUGAAGAAAACAAGGGCCCCAGUUCCCUCGAAGUACGAAAAGCUACAUGGCGCCACUUUCCCAGUGGAGAUCGUGGCCUUGCCCCAUGUGCUUCAGAGAAUCGACGACCUCGCCAUGAGGCCGGAGGAGGCCCUCAAGAAACUCACCAAGAAAUUAAAUUGUAAUGUCUCCGACGCGCUUAAAUUUGCAGCUGGCAAGGGGCGGCACGAUGCUGUGCGGUUCCUUCUUCCGGAGGUCAUUGGGGACGACGGAUACAAUCUGGAAGAUCGGGUGCUGAGUGACUUGGAGAGCAUGGCUGUGACUGCUGCCGGCAACGGCCACUACCAGGUUGUGGGCCUGCUCUUGACUGAAAUUCUAGCGGAGAGAGAGGAUGAACACGAAGGCGAGUUUGUGUAUUAUGGCUACGAACGAGACAUCGAAGAUAACAAGAAUUCCGCCGCAUGGCACGUUCUGGAUGCAGCGGCGGAAGCUGGACACGUCGAUAUCGUGGAGCUAGCGGCGGGGUGUGCUACAGAGGACGAGUACAUGCCUGCCAACUUGUUCAUCCACUUGGCUGGUGCUGGAUACUUGGGAGCUGUCAAGUUCUUGUACGAUAACGGGUUCUGCACGUCGGAGUCGGUUGGAGAGGCUUUUGCAAGCACCAUGACUCCUAAUUAUACCGCUGUCGCCAACUUCUUGCUCGAUACCGACUUGGUAUCUGCAGCAGCUUUUGGCAAGGCCUUUAAAAGAGCAGCCCUUGAGGGAUGGAUUGAUUCAAUGGAGUUCCUAUUCAGCAAGGGACGUGCCUCACCACAAUUGGUCAACAAAGUCUUUGGAAAAGUGACGAAGAUCAAAGUGCUGAAGCUUCUCGCUAAGAAACAGCCUAUCACAACGAAAGCGGUCGUGGCAGCAUUUCGCAAUGCCACUUCAAAAGGAUACUUCGGCUGGAAAACAGACACUGAAGCCAUUUUGCGCUUCUUACGUGGUUUCAUGGCCGCGGUGAAAGAGAGUUAUGGUGGGGAUGCGAUGGCCAUGCUCUUGUACGAUGAAUCGCGCAUCUCAGCGGAAGUAAUUCGUACCGCAUUCAAGACAGCGGCGGAUACUGGUCACACCAAGAUGGUAGAGAUUUUAUUCGACAAGCCAGCGUUAACUCAAGCGAUCAAGCACGAAGCCAUGUGGAGAUCGUCCAGCAGUUAG